AUUGUUGUACAGUGCGUGGUUGAUGUGAAGUAAAAAAGAAGUAUAAACUAAAAUUAAUUAACCAAAAUGGCUGAUGAAAAUUACGCACGCAAUAUGAACAAGAGUGGUUUGUUGUACAGACGAAAAAGGAAGUUGGAAGAUUUAAGAAAAGAAGAAGAGUGUGGUGCUGCUGCGGAAUUCGACUAUACCGAUACGACUGAUGGUAUGGUGCAACCAAACAGUGACAUUACAGCUAAACUUCUUGGUGAAGCAUCUUUUCAAGGGGAUGGCGAACAAUUUCCGCUGAUCUUUAGUCCAAACGAGGAAGAAGCCGAGAGUGGUAAAGAAGAAGCCGAGUGUGGUGAAGGUGAAGCUGAGAGUGUCGAACGAGAAGCUGAGAGUGACGAAGAAGAAGAUGAGAUAGACGAAGGAGCUAUUGAUUUUGAUACAAUGUCAGUCUCUGAUUGUUUGCAUUAUUUUGCAUUGUAUACCAAUCAAAACCACUCGGCGAUAAAUAUGUUGCUUAAGAUUUUGAGGACGAAGACUAAUUUUGCUCUCCCAAAAGAUGCCAGAACGCUUCUAAACACCAAUAGAAAGCGUCCAAAAAUAAAAGAUCUGGGAAAUGGUUCAUUCUGGAACCGUGGCAUUAGGAAAAGUCUAAUUCAAAGUUUACGAUUUGCAACAGUACCAGAAACGCUAUCUUUAAACAUUUUCAUCGACGGGCUUCCGUUGCACAAAAGCAGUAAAAUACAAUUUUGGCCGAUCAUGAUCAACAUAAAGGAAAUGCCUCAGAUUGCCCCAAUCACAGCAGCUAUUUUUUGUGGACGUACCAAACCAAAAGAUGUGAGAAGGUUUAUGAAACCACUGGUUCAUGAGCUGAAUAUGUUAAUGGACGUUGGUAUGGUGCUGAAUAAUCGUCGAGUCACAAUUAAAGUACGGGCAAUAAUAGCGCCAGAGCUUUUUUAAAAGGUGUUGCAUAUUUCAAUGCAAAGGAGGGAUGUGCAAAGUGCACCUGCGAGGGAGAAUUCAAUGACGAAUGUACCAUUUUUAAGGAUACAAAUGCACCACUGAGAACGGAUCGUAACUUUCGUCGUAAGGCGUACGGAAAACAUCACAGGGAAGUAUCGCCUCUUCUAGGCUUGAAGAAUUUCGAUGUUAUUGAUGAUGUCAUAGUUGGUGACAAUUUUCAUUUAAUCGAUUUGGGGAUAAUGCGUAGAUUACUAUUAGGUUGGAGAGAUGGAAAACUAGGUCUUAGAACUAAAUGGUUUGCUAAACAGAUUGAAGAAAUAUCUAAAAAAAUUAUAAAAGUUAAACUGCCCAAAGAAAUCCAUCGAAAACUUGGUCCACUAGAAGACCUCAAAUUUUGGAAAGGUACCCAAUUCCAUAGUUUUUUUUUAACUAUCUUAGCAUUUAUAUUUGUUUAUUUGUUUAUUUGUUUAUUUGU